GUGAUGAUUGCUUCAGAGUCAGUAUCUGUCUAGACGAUACAGAAAUUGUCAUUACUGCAGAUCAUUGUUCAGCUGUACAGAAGUGCUUGGUAACUGGUGAAAAAAAGGAAUGCCUCAAACCAUGAGCAACCCGUAUGCACACCUUGUAGAGCCCCUGGACCCCCAGAAGCCAGAAAAGAAGUUCUACAAUCUGUGCAAGUUGGGAGAUCCCAGAUAUGGCCGUCUCCCAUUCUCCAUCCGGGUGCUUCUGGAAGCUGCUGUCCGAAACUGCGACGAGUUUCUAGUGAAGAAGGAGGAUGUUGAGAGCAUCCUGAACUGGAAAGUGACGCAGCAGCAGAGCGUGGAAGUGCCUUUUAGACCUGCGAGGGUCAUCCUGCAGGAUUUCACAGGAGUGCCUGCUGUGGUGGACUUUGCCGCCAUGCGAGAUGCUGUUAAAAAGUUAGGAGGAGACCCAGGGAAGAUCAAUCCUGUGUGUCCGGCUGACUUAGUGAUUGACCACUCCAUCCAGGUGGAUUUUAACAGGAAGGCCGAAAGUUUACAGAAGAAUGAGGAGUUGGAGUUUGAAAGAAACAAAGAGAGAUUUGAGUUUUUAAAGUGGGGAUCUAAAGCUUUCCGCAAUAUGAGGAUUAUUCCUCCCGGAUCAGGAAUCGUUCACCAGGUGAAUCUGGAGUACCUGGCAAGGGUGGUGUUUGAACAAGAUGGCUUCUAUUACCCAGACAGCCUUGUGGGCACCGACUCCCACACAACCAUGAUCGAUGGACUUGGUGUUCUAGGCUGGGGUGUGGGUGGGAUUGAAGCUGAGGCAGUGAUGUUGGGGCAGCCAAUCAGCAUGGUUCUUCCUGAAGUAAUCGGGUACAGGCUGUUGGGAACUAUUGAUCCACUGGUUACAUCGACUGACAUUGUCUUAACCAUCACCAAGCACCUGCGACAGAUUGGCGUGGUUGGUAAAUUUGUGGAGUUCUUUGGGCCCGGAGUGCCUCGGCUCUCUAUCGCUGACAGAGCUACCAUUGCUAACAUGUGUCCAGAGUAUGGAGCGACUGCAGCCUUCUUCCCAGUUGACCACAUCAGCAUUAAGUAUCUGGAGCAAACAGGAAGAGACAAAGACAAGCUAAGUUACAUUACCAGGUAUCUCAAAGCGGUCGGGAUGUUCAGAGACUUCAGCAACUCUUCUCAGGACCCCGACUUUACCCAGGUGGUGGAGCUGGACCUCAGCACUGUAGUCCCCUGCUGCAGUGGCCCCAAACGCCCCCAGGAUAAAGUAGUUGUUUCUGAAAUGAAGAAAGAUUUUGAAAGCUGUUUAGGUGCAAAGCAAGGAUUUAAAGGUUUCCAAAUCGCACCUGAACACCAUGCAGCCAAAGUCAAUUUUAAAUACGACGGCCAGGAGUUUGUCCUCUCCCAUGGGUCUGUGGUGAUAGCAGCCAUCACCAGCUGCACCAACACCAGCAACCCAUCCGUCAUGCUGGGCGCAGGAUUGUUAGCUAAGAAGGCCAUUGACGCAGGGCUCAGUGUGAAGCCUUAUGUGAAAACCAGCCUGUCGCCUGGAAGUGGGGUUGUCACUUACUACCUGAAAGAGAGUGGAGUGAUGCCUUUCCUCUCACAGCUGGGAUUUGAAGUGGUCGGCUAUGGCUGCAUGACAUGCAUUGGAAACAGCGGGCCUAUUCCAGAACCAGUUGUGCAAGCCAUUACUAAGGGGGAUCUUGUCGCUGUGGGGAUACUAUCUGGAAACAGGAACUUUGAAGGGCGUGUCCAUCCCAACACCCGUGCCAACUACUUAGCUUCUCCUCCGCUGGUCAUUGCUUAUGCCAUUGCUGGGACCAUUCGGAUAGACUUUGAGAAAGAGCCUCUUGGUGUCAACCCCCAAGGAAAAGAAGUCUUUUUGAGGGACAUCUGGCCAACCAGGGAUGAGAUUCAAAUGGUCGAACGUCAGUUUGUCAUUCCAGCAAUGUUCAAGGAGGUUUACGGAAAAAUCGAGACAAUCAAUGAACGCUGGAAUGCUUUAAAGGCACCUUCUGAUGAGCUGUACACCUGGGACCCCAAAUCAACAUACAUAAAAUCACCACCUUUCUUUGAAAGUCUUACUGUAGGUCUCCAGACCCCUAAGUCGAUAACUGAUGCAUAUGUGCUGUUAAACUUGGGAGACUCUGUGACAACAGACCACAUCUCCCCUGCUGGGAAUAUUGCAAGAAACAGCCCUGCAGCACGCUAUCUAUCUGGCAGAGGUCUUGCCUCCCGAGAAUUCAACUCGUAUGGGUCUCGCCGUGGCAACGAUGCAGUCAUGGCGAGGGGCACCUUCGCAAAUAUCCGUCUCUUUAACAAGUUCCUGAACAAACAAGCGCCACAAACCCUUCAUUUACCUUCUGGAGAAACACUUGAUGUGUUUGAUGCUGCUGAGAGAUACCAGCAGGCUGGCCUUCCUCUUAUCAUCCUAGCAGGGAAGGAGUAUGGGUCAGGCAGCUCAAGAGACUGGGCAGCAAAAGGACCUUUCCUUCUGGGAAUUAGAGCUGUCCUGGCUGAGAGCUAUGAGCGUAUUCACCGCAGUAACCUGGUAGGAAUGGGAGUGAUCCCUCUGGAGUACCUCCCUGAAGACACUGCAGAGUCACUGGGCCUCACUGGCCAGGAGCGCUACACUAUCAUCAUUCCUGAUGAGCUCACACCCAGAAUGAUAGUGGAUAUUAAGCUGGACACAGGGAAGACCAUCAAGGCUCGGAUGAGGUUUGACACGGACGUGGAACUCGCCUACUUUCACAAUGGAGGCAUCCUCAACUACAUGAUUCGCAAAAUGCUAGAAAAAUAAUUGAAUUAUUCAGACAGAUCGGUGUUGCCCAGUUCACCCAGUGUCUCUCAAUUGAAAGCGCACAUUAACAAGAGCAAGGAGAGAAAAAAAGGAGAGAAAUAGAAUCAGUUUUUACAUUUUUUUUUUACAGUUUUUUUUUUUUUUAGUUUCUGGGAAUGUUGUGGGUAAUGGUGGAUCUGCACUACAAUUCUGGCCUGUACCUGUAUUUUUUUAUUGGAAUUGUUUAAUAUCUUGUGUUUUUCGAGUAUGUGUGAAAUUUAAAGAGCAUACUUACAAAAUCCCUUUUCUCCGUCACAACAUACAGAUAAUUUUUUACACCAAUAUACAGCAGUUUUGAUCAUGACUAAGGUAGCCGAAUCCCAAAUGGUAAGACUUAGAAACGUUUGUUCAGUUCUCCCAUGAUGCAUUUGCAAUUUACAAGUUAGAGCCCCAUGCCAAUGUGAAUUGUCCAUCCUGUUACUGUAGGACACUGUUUUCUUUAACCGUCCUGUGUUACAGAAGAUCUAGACAAUAUGUUUCUAACAUGAAGCUGGAUUAAAUCUAUUUUUGAAACAUGAUCCUUUUUCCUGUCAAUUUUGGUAUAGAAACAAUACUCAUGUGAAAAUAUUAGACCACUUUGUGCUUUAAUUAAGCAUCUUAAACAACUCCUAAAAAGUAUCCUGAAUUUUACCAUUCAUAGCUGUGUCUCUCUUUUCUCUUAUUAUUUUUAAUUAAUUGCACAUGUGACCAGUUAAUCAUCUAUUAAAUUAGGCAAUUGCUAAUUUGCCUAUUGACAAUUUGCACACAACUGUACUUACAAUAAAUCGUGAUAUUGAAAUGUA